GCAUUGGCGAAUUUUCGGUCGCCUUUAAUUUGUUUGUGUUUUUUCCGUGUUCUCCACCGCGUGCUUGCAAUUACGUGUGCGGCUAAAAUAAAGACUAUAAUUAUAAAACUAAAGUGAAAAGCGUGCCAUAAUUACACGAGCGAAUAUCAAUAAGUGCGAGAGCAAUGUGCGAAAAUUGCUAACGAACGCAGUAGCAGUAGCAGCAGCAGUAGCAGCAAAACGCAACAGCAGCAGAAGGAGCAGCAGUAGCCAAAAAAUCAACGCAACAAUAAAAUCGAAAAGCCUUUCAACAUGAUCGAUGCGGCAUGCAAUUACUUGAAUCCCUAUGCGCAACAGCAUCAGGCGCAGCAGCAACAACAGCAGCAGGCGCAACAGCAGCAACAUCAUUUACACAUGCAGCAGGCGCAACAUCAUCUCCACUUGUCGCAGCAGCAGCAGCAGCAGCAGCAGCAGGCGCAACAGCAACAGCAGCAACACAUGCAACAGCAGCAAUCAUCACACUUGCCGCAGCAGCAACAGCAAUUGCAACAGCCGCAACAGCAGCAGCAUGACUUCCUUAGCGCCGCCGCCCUUCUGUCCGCUCCCUCGUCCCUUUCCGGCUCGAGUUCCGGCUCCAGUUCCGGCAGUUCCCCACUGUACGGCAGUUCUGGCAAGCCACCAAUGAAGUUGGAACUUCCGUAUCCACAGGCCUCAUCCACGGGCACAGCAUCACCGAAUUCCAGCAUUCAAUCGGCGCCCUCAUCGGCCUCCGUAUCGCCCAGUAUCUUCCCAUCGCCCGCCCAGUCAUUUGCCUCCAUUUCGGCCAGUCCAUCAACGCCCACCACCACCCUGGCGCCACCCACUGCAGCGGGAGCGGGAGCAGUUGCCGGAUCCACAUCCUCCUCGCCCUCAUCAGCGGCCUCGGCGGCAGCAGCGGCGGCCGCAGCAGCAGCUGCAGCAGCGGACCUUGGAGCAGCGGCGGUCGCCAGUGCCGCCUACGGUUGGAAUACCGCCUACUCCGGAUUGGGCCCACCAAGAAGCCAAUUUCCUUAUGCCCAAUACGCCUCCGAUUAUUAUGGCAAUGCAGUGGGCAUGCCCUCAUCCGCAGCCUGGUUUUCGCAUCAGGAGCGUCUUUACCAGCCAUGGAGUUCCCAGAGCUAUCCGAGCUUCAACUUCGAUGACAUUGCCUUCCAGACCCAAUUGCAACGGCGCUCCGUUCGCUGCACGUGCCCCAAUUGCACGAACGAGAUGAGCGGACUGCCGCCGAUUGUGGGUCCCGAUGAGCGGGGACGCAAACAGCACAUCUGCCACAUUCCCGGCUGCGAGCGGCUGUACGGCAAGGCCUCCCAUCUGAAGACCCACCUCCGCUGGCAUACGGGCGAACGUCCCUUCCUCUGCCUCACCUGCGGCAAGCGUUUCUCCCGUUCCGACGAACUGCAGCGACAUGGCCGGACCCACACUAACUACCGCCCGUAUGCCUGCCCCAUAUGCUCCAAGAAGUUCUCGCGCAGCGAUCACCUGAGCAAGCACAAGAAGACCCAUUUCAAGGACAAGAAGAGCAAGAAGGCUCUGGCCGCGGAGGCCAAGGAGCAGGCAGCGGCGGCGAUAAAGCAGGAGAAGAAGGAGAAGAAGUCGGGCAAGCCAUUGACACCGCCCGUGGAGUUCAAGCAGGAACAGCCAGAGGCGGCCACCACUCUGGUCAACUAUGCUCCCUAUGCUAAUCUCUACCAGCAGGCAGCAUCAGCGGGAUCAGCGGGUGUGAAUGCCCCGCCACCACCGCCGCCACUCUUCCAGCAGCAUCAGCAUGCGACGACGGGCCAGCAGAUGGGCGCCAGCUAUGUGGAGCCCUGGAGCAGCCGUGCCAUACAACCAGCCACUACCUCAGCAAGUUCAUCCUCAUCCUCCAGCGCCAGUUCGCCAGCGGCAGCCGUUGUUUCCGCCACCGGUUCGGCAUCUUCCCCAGCCGCUUCGGCCACGGCACUGGCCCAGCAUCAUUAUGCCGCCCUGGCCAUGCAAAGUGAAUCCCAGUUGGCGGCGGAAUAUGGUCUGACCAUGAGCGGUCUGGCCAGUGGAGCUAGCCAGGACUCUAGCUCCAGUUGCCACAUGAAGUCCGAGUAUGCGGCCAGUUAUCCAGCGGACUUUGGGGCAAGCACAGCGGCCAGCUAUGGCUAUCCACAUCCUCAUCCGCAUCCGCAUCCGCAUCAUCACAAUGCCUGGGCAGCGGCCUAUCAUCCACAUGCCACUGCCUAGGUGUCCUACAAGGAUGUCCAGGAGAGCUGCCCCAACCAGAUUGUUACAGUUUAAAGUUGAGAAAACAAAUGCCAUAAAGUCCAACCCCCCCUUUUCCCUUCCCAAAAAAAGGCAACAAAGCAAGCGUAGAACGAAAAUCUAGUGUGUGUUUUUUUUUCAGUGUUUAUUGUUGACAUAAAAAAGUAUGUGAAAAAUCAAGCAAAAAAAAAAGAAAAAGUAUCCACAAAUACCGCCUAAGACAUUAUAUAAUACUAAACAUAUAUAUAUUAACUAUACUGAUAGCUAGUUCUAGGACUUGAAUUUUUUUUAAAAAUCUUUUUUUUUUUCCCCCAGCAACCUAGUUAAGGCAUUUUUUUUUGCAUGUCUGUACAUAAAAAAAUAGAGUUUUUUAAGCCAUACCAUAUAGAAACGAGAGAAACCAUCUAGUUGUGUACCAUAAUAAUUGUUAAUUGUCUUUAAGAUAAAUUAUAUACAAAAGGAAAAGCAAAUGAAAAACCAACAACAAG